AUGGAAAAGGUGAGGCAAAAGAAAGCAAUUGUCGUCGGCGCUGGCGCUGGCGGCAUCGCAACGGCAGCUCGUCUGGCCAAGGCGGGCUUUGACGUCACGGUCUUGGAGAAGAACUCAUUCACGGGCGGUCGGUGCUCGCUCAUUCACCAUGAAGGGUACCGCUUCGACCAAGGCCCGUCGCUGCUGCUGCUCCCCAAGCUGUUCCGGGAGACCUUUUACGACCUGGACACGUCGCUCGAGGCCGAGGGCGUCGAGCUGCUGCGGUGUCCAACCAACUACAAUGUCUGGUUCGCCGACGGCGAGUCCUUUGAGCUCUCGACGGACCUGGCGCGCAUGAAGCACCAGAUUGAGCGGUGGGAGGGCAAGGGCGGCUUCGAAAGGUAUCUUGCCUGGCUCGGCGAGGCGCAUCGCCACUACGAGCUCAGUGUCAGCGACGUCCUGCACAAGAACUUUACCACGUGGUGGGAUCUUGCCAACCCGUGGUUCGUCCGGACCGGCCUCAAGCUGCACCCCUUGCACAGCAUCUGGAACCGUGCCAGCCGCUACUUUUGGACCGACCGCCUGCGGAGGGUUUUUACUUUUGCCACCAUGUAUAUGGGCAUGAGCCCCUUUGACGCGCCCGCUACUUACUCGCUGCUGCAGUAUACGGAACUGGCGGAAGGUAUAUGGUAUCCCAAGGGCGGAUUUCAUGCCGUGCUGCAGGCCCUGGUCAACGUGAGUGAGAGAUUUGGCGUCAAGUAUCGGCUCAACACGCCAGUGAAGCAGGUUCUUACCCUGCCCGACGGCAAGACGGCGACGGGUGUGCUGCUAGAGUCUGGCGAGAGGAUCGACGCGGACAUUGUGGUGGUGAACGCAGAUCUGGUCUAUGCUUAUAGCAACCUGUUUCCUCAGACAACCGGCAACGCCAAGCAUAGCGAGUCGCUGCGCAAGCGAGACGGGUCUUGCAGCUCCAUCUCCUUUUACUGGAGUCUGGACCGCAAGGUACCGGAACUACAGACACACAAUAUCUUCCUGGCCGACGAGUAUCGUGAGUCGUUUGACGCCAUCUUCGACCGACAGGAACUACCCAAGGAGCCGAGUUUCUACAUCAACGUGCCGACCAGGAUGGACCAGGACGCCGCGCCCCCGGGCUGCGACGCUGUCAUCGCGUUGGUUCCCGUCGGCCAUCUCUACCAGAGCAAAGGGUUCGUCAAGUCCGACGACGUCGGCAUCCCGCGCGAUCACGACUGGGCGGCGCUCGUCGACCGUGCCCGGCACUCGGUGCUCUCGACCAUCUCGGCGCGGACAGGCGCCGCGCCGCUGAGCGACUUUAUCACGCACGAGAUUGUCAACGACCCCUUUACGUGGGAGGCCAAGUUCAACCUGGACAAGGGCUCGAUCCUGGGCCUGAGCCACAGCUUCUUCAACGUGCUCAAGUUCCGGCCGAGCACGCGGGCCCGGGGGUUCGCCAAUGCCUACUUUGUCGGCGCCAGCACGCACCCCGGCACCGGCGUGCCCAUUGUCCUGGCCGGCGCCAAGAUCACGGCCGAGCAGAUCCUCGGCGACCUCGGUAUCGCGGCCCCGUGGUCGACGCACCCGGCGCAGCUCGAGGACUUGGGCGUGCCGCAGACGCGGUCGACGAGCCAGCUCGACCGACAGACACCGCCACUGAUAUCGGUCGAGGCCAUUGCGCUUACGGCUUUUUUCUCACUUUGGCUUGCCCUGUUGGCGUAUUUUUGGCGGCCCUUGCUUUAA